GGUGGUUCCGCAUGCGCGUUGAAGUUUAGCGAAGCGCACGCUGCGGCAGCUCGGCGGCUGGUGUGGGUCUACCAAGUCUGAUCUCUCGGACUGAAGAGCUCGGCGCGGGAAUUUAGUGCGGGAUUCACACACAUACCUCAGAAUGCCAGGUCUAAGUUGUAGAUUUUAUCAACACAAAUUUCCUGAGGUGGAAGAUGUAGUGAUGGUGAAUGUAAGGUCCAUUGCUGAAAUGGGAGCUUAUGUCAGCUUGCUGGAAUACAACAACAUUGAAGGCAUGAUUCUUCUCAGUGAAUUAUCCAGAAGGCGUAUCCGUUCUAUAAACAAACUCAUCCGAAUUGGCAGGAAUGAAUGUGUGGUUGUUAUUAGAGUGGACAAAGAAAAAGGAUAUAUCGAUUUGUCAAAAAGAAGAGUUUCUCCAGAGGAAGCAAUCAAAUGUGAAGACAAAUUCACAAAAUCCAAAACCGUUUAUAGCAUUCUUCGUCAUGUUGCUGAGGUGUUAGAAUAUACCAAGGAUGAGCAACUGGAAAGCCUGUUCCAGAGGACUGCUUGGGUCUUUGAUGACAAGUAUAAGAGACCUGGUUAUGGUGCCUAUGAUGCGUUUAAGCAUGCAGUCUCAGAUCCAUCUAUUUUGGAUAGUUUAGAUUUGAACGAAGAUGAACGGGAAGUACUCAUUAACAACAUUAAUAGACGUUUGACCCCACAGGCUGUCAAAAUUCGAGCAGAUAUUGAAGUGGCUUGUUAUGGUUAUGAAGGUAUUGAUGCUGUAAAAGAAGCCCUGAGAGCAGGUUUGAAUUGUUCUACAGAAACAAUGCCCAUCAAGAUUAAUCUAAUAGCUCCUCCUCGGUAUGUGAUGACUACGACAACCCUGGAGAGGACAGAAGGCCUCUCUGUCCUCAAUCAAGCUAUGGCCGUUAUCAAAGAAAAGAUCGAGGAAAAGAGGGGUGUGUUCAAUGUUCAAAUGGAGCCCAAGGUGGUCACAGAUACAGAUGAGACUGAACUUGCAAGGCAGCUGGAGAGGCUUGAGAGAGAAAAUGCAGAAGUGGAUGGAGAUGAUGAUGCAGAAGAAAUGGAAGCCAAAGCUGAAGAUUAACUUUGUGGGAAGCAUAGUCCAAUUUGAGAAACAUGAAGCAGCCUUUCUUGGCUAUAAACCCUAGACUUGAAAGUAUUGAAAACUUCAAAGCUGAAUAUUUUUUGUUUCCAAGUAUUUAAAUGUUUCAACACACUAGAACAUGAAAUGCCCUCCUAAAUGUCAGCUGUUUUCACACAGUAACUCCCAACACAUUUUUCAAGGGAGCGACCCAAUUUCUCUAGAGAAAAUCUUUGAGCCUAGAAAGGUCCUAAAAUUGGGCUUGUGAUUUCCAUAUAUGAUGUCUCCAGAUUGGCACUCUUUGUGGUUCAGUGCCUCCUUGAGAUUUACCAGGGGCACCCAAAGCAAAUAAUAACAGUCCCAAUCUUUCUAUAAAAAAUGUAUUCAAACAAACAUCAAAUAAAUUUCUGGGAUAUUUAACUAUAGGCCUCUUCCUUCUUGUCACCAGUUAACAGCAUUCCAAAUGAUAAGACCCUAAUUCUUUUAUCUUAGUCUAGAUGCAGAAAUAUAAGAGCAGGUAAUCAAAGGAUCUAUAAAAGAUCAAAGGAUCUUUUUAAGAAAAAGUAAUUUUAACUUCAGUCAUGGUGAUAUUGACCGUUAGGGGUAUAAAGCCUUAAAAUGCAAUUAAAGAAUUACAUUGUUAUGUGCCUUUUACCUAUUUGAGAUUGAUAGCAACUUGUAAUAUGAGAGUUUAUGACACUGGAUCCUUACUGGUCUGCUAGCUACUUGGCUUGAGUUUAUGAUUCAAGAUGCUAAAGUAUAUUUGUUUUUAAAGAUGCUGCUUCUUCAAUUUACUUAUUUUGGAUAUCAUUACCCAAUUUUUGAUAUUUUUUCAUCCCCUUUAAAAUAUCUCCUAGGUACUACCUAGAUCUUUGGUUCUCUUUAUAACAGAAUAUAGCUCUGCCUGAAUGCAAUUACUGUAAUUAUUUUUUUUACAUUUUCAUCAUUUUUAUUUUCAAGAACCAGUUAUUAUAAAGGCAUAUGUACAAAAUAAAUUUCACAGGUAACAUCUGAAGUUACAGGUACAGUAGUCAGGUGUAGAAAAUCUUGAGUUACUUCGGUGUGUUUGUAGAUUUAAUCUCUUAGGGUAUUUGAGGUACCAGUUAUAGAACUUUACUGAUAGCCCUAGGAACGUCUAUUAAAACACAUAGAUUAGUCAGGCGUGGUGGUGCACGCCUAUAAUCCCAGUGGCUCAGGAGGCUGAGACGGGAGGAUCACAAGUUCAAAGCCAGCCUCAGCAACUUAGCAAGGCCCUAGGCAACUCAGCAAGACUCUGUCUCUAAAUAAAAUAUUAAAAAAGACUGGGAAUGUGGCUCAGUGGUAAAGUGCUCCUGGGUUCAAUCCCUAGUGCCAAAAAAAAUGCAUACAUCAAACUUAACCCACCCUAGUCGACCCAGGAGUAGAUGUAACUCAUUAAAGCUUUUGGAGUUGGGUGCUGUGGUGUGCACCUGUAGUCAAACCUGCUUUAGGAGGAUUGCUUGAGCCUGGGAAUUUGAGGCCAGCCUGGGCAACAAGUGAGAUCCUAUCUCUUUUUUUAAAGGGGGACUGACUAGAAGAUUCUUAGAAGAAUUUAUUCUGCCAAUUAUGAAGGUUUGUCUCUUUGUUCAAUUUAGCAGGUCAUAUUAACUUCAGAUGGCCCAUUCCAAGGUUUGCCAUCCAGCAUGCCACAUGGGAAAUAGAGAAUCUGGAUGUACUAAAGAUUGACACAAAAUUUUUAUUUCUAUAUUUGAGACAUCAAAAAAGUUAUAAAAACUCAUAACAUCAAAAUGUUACCAUAAUACAAAAGGUGCUCCUUUGCUGUAUGCAUGGAAAUUGAAUUUGUUUUGUUUAUUGAAAUUUUUAUACUUUGAAAGCCAUAACUGUAGAAAAAUAUUGGUGGCUUCUGUGGUGAGUGAUUUUUAUCCUAUGUGGGCCUUUUGCUCAGUUUUGCAACAAUUUUGUAAAUUGUUGACCCUAGCCAAAGAAAAGAUCAGUAUUUCACUGAUAGGAGGAAGAAAACAGACUAAAGUAUAUAUAUGCUGACCUAAAAGCAGGGACAAGGUUCAUGAGGACAAGGUAAACACAGCCCUGAACAGCUUAAAUAGGAUUGACGAUGACAGUUGAGCAGCCUACCCAAAUCCUGAUGCUCUGUCAAAGCCUUUUCAUUAAAAAUAUUCAGUUACCUAUUUUUCCCCCUCAACCUCUAGACAAGUGGUUAAUUCUUACAACAAAAUUAGCAACAGAUUGGGUCUCGUUUGUGCAUACAUUAAUUGAAAAUGUCCAAAAGGAAAUAGAAGAUUCGAAAUUUUUUUUUUUUUGGUAUCGAUUUUAUAGCAAAUAAUUCUUACGAGACAAUGAUCAGGCACUUUAGGGAGCUACAGAGGCAUGUUAAUCACCAUGCUAAGCAGAGUUAUUACUCAGCUGGCAUACUUCAUUCAUAACCCAUUUUAACAUUAAGAACUAUUUAAAUGGUAGGGAUUUUUAAGAAGUUUAAAUGCUAGUACCUUACCAGUUUCACUGAUUUGCCUCAAGCUGAUGGCCAUCUACUUUCCAGUUCUUAGAAAUUCUAUUUCCCAUAUAAAGUAAGGGACAGUUGUGCCAAUUUUGAGAUCAGGCAGCCAUUAAACCAAAUGUAGUUUAAUUCAGAUAGGCACCUGUCAAUACUCAAAAAGCAAUAAAAGUUUUUUAAAAAGCAAUAAAUAAUUCUGGGGACUCUAGAUAUUGGCAAAAUGCCAAAUGGAAAGUGGUGCUUUAUUUAAAGGGUGGGAAUAAGGAAAAAAUCAAAACAAAAAACAGCACUUGAACUCCCUGAUCCUUCACGUCAGGUAUUCUAGACAAAA